AUGGGGAAUUCUUCUUCCUCGUCAUCAUCAGCACCAAAGCACAGCUGUCAGGUGGUGAUAGUAGGCGGUGGUUAUGCUGGAGUGAAGCUUGCAAUAGACUUGGACAGCUACUGCAAGGUCGUUCUCAUUGAUCCUAAAGAUGCUUUCCAUCACAACAUGGCAGGAUUACGGUGUAUUGUUGAACCAGCAUUUGUCAACAAGACUCUGAUUCCUUAUGAAGGUGUUUUAAAGCAUGGGUCCUUUGUAAAGAAUCGUGUAGUGAGUUGCAACAUCUCCAGAAAGGCUGUGACACUGGCUAGCAGUGAAGAAAUCAGUUAUGAUUAUCUUGUCUUUGCUUGUGGCUCAUCUGUACCAUUUCCAGGUAAAGUGUAUUUAAGCAUGUUGGUGUAUAAUUGCAAAGCUCAUAUGUGUAUUGUAUUUAUUUGGCAGAUAAUUUUUAACCUGAAAAUAAAAGUGAGAGAUCUAUACUGAUUGAAAUACUCACUGCCAUGCUUUUUGUUUAAAACUAUUGACACAAUCUUGAUAUCCAAUGUGAUAAAAAAAUGUGGCUGAUACAUGGAAAUUUUGGAUACAGGGAAAUUUUGGAUAGUCAGAUUUCAGGCAUGUUUGUCCAGUAAGAAAGGCAUUUUAAUCAAUCCAAUUCUACUUCAGUUUGUGUUAAAUGACAAUUAGUUUAGUAAAUGAGGAGCAAUAACAAUAUUGUUUGUAGUUCAGUGGUUUGCAUUUGUAUCCUGAUUUCCAUUAUAAAUGGCCAUAACUCACCAAACAUUUUUAGAAAUUUCAGUUAUGUUCACAUUUUUGUUGUUAGUUCGUUAGUAUUGCAUAUUUGAUUCAACAAAGUAUGAUAUCUUUGUCUACUAAUUCUUUAGGAGAACACCAAAUUUCAUUUGUUUUGUACAUCUCAACAAUCACCAUAAAGGAAGUGCUCAAAAAUUUUCCCUCCACUUUUUACAGGUAAAGUUCCCCUUGGAACAAGCAUGAAAGAUGCUGAAAAGCUCUACAGAGAUUGCGCCGACCAGGUAUGUUUCAGAACCUAAAACUUCACGAUACUCUUUUAUGGUUCUGUUCCAAAAGAGUGCAAUGAAACUCUCACCCUGUGUCUAUUUGACAAUUUUGAAGUAUAGGUGGCCUGUAUUUAUAAAGUAGCUUAUUCAAGAUUAACUGUAUGCACUUAAGAUGUGACGGUAAUUUAAAACACAAGUAAUGGCAUUUAAUAAGGCAAUAACAGUGGGUGUAAGUACUUCUUCAAUACUUAGGUCUUAAUUUUGUUAUUUAACAGUCUAUACCAUGGUGAAAAACAGUAAAUUAAUUUUUGACAGUGCAACAAAGAAGGUGUGAGAGAAGGGAGCCACUUUAUCUUGUUUGUGCAUUUUCAGGUGGCAAAGAGUAACAAAAUUGUCGUGAUUGGUGGUGGUCCUGUGGGAGUAGAAUUAGUUGGUGAAUUAGCCUCAGACUUCCCAGACAAGAAAGUUACACUAAUGCACAACAGGGAGCAAAUACUGGAUGACAGAUUGUCACGCAAGUUUGUUAAAAAGAUUCAGGAUGGAAUGAAAGCUCUGAAAGUGGAGACAGUCCUUGGGGAACGAGUUGACAUGGAUGACCUGAAUGUGAGUUGAGUCGCAAAAAAUAUCAUCUUGGAAACUUUUGGCCAGAUAUGUUUCCAGAGGAAUUUGUCAAUGUCUCUCUACAUUCCCACUACCUCUGGUGCUUUAUUUUUACACUCCCCUCAGCUCUACUAAAAUUGAAUUUAGUUACUUUUUACUGAAAACUUUAUGAAAAUGAUUUUCAUUUACAGUUUGAUUCAGACAAACCAUGGAUUACAGGGCCAGUGACACUUACUACCGACCAGGGAACCAGUGUGCCUGCAGAUCUAGUAUUCCGCUGUACCGGACUCAAGGUCAAUUCAGUUGCUUACCAAUCCAAACUCUCAGACAAGAUGGAAAAGAAUGGAAGUCUUAAAGUUGACAGAUUCCUUCAAGUGGAAGAGAUUGAAAAUGUGUUUGCUAUUGGAGAUUGUAACAACACCCCUGAAUUGAAACUAGCGUACACUGCAAAACUGCAUGCUGGUAAGCUUGAUCUUUAAAAAAAAAAUGGUAAUAAAUGAUAACUAAAUGAUGAUCAUACAGAUUUUGUUUUCUAGUUAAAACUUUAAGGAUUUGUUGUUGUAAACAGUAUAAAUGUCCAAGAUGACCAUUUUGGAGACCUUGUAAUUUACCUUAAAUAUGUCUUAAAAGGGGUAACUAUCUCUGAUUGAUUUUGAUGGAAAUGUUAAAAAGUAAUCAAGGGAGGGAAAUUUCGCAUGCAAAAUUGGUCAUGACACUCCCACUCCCAAAGGAAACCUAUUUAGCAGGUUUUGUGACUGUCAUCAGUAUUUAUCACAACUUACUUUAUAUUGGUAUUCUGUCUACAGAUGCAGUUGCUGAAAAUAUCAAACGGCUCAAUGAAAGCAAACGCCCAAAAGAAUACAAGCCUGGUAAUGCAGCCAUGGCCCUGCCUCUUGGACGGAAUGGAGGAGCAACACAGCUCCCAAAUGGAAUGGUGGCUGGGAGUUUCUUAACUAAGUCGUUCAAAGGGAAGGACAUCAUGACACCAAGCUUCUGGAAGUUAAUGAAACAGAAAAUGCCAUCUAAUUGAAUGGCUGAACUUUCAGUGAACUAUUAUGGACACUUGAAAUAAAAAGACCCCUGCAUGACUUGAUCACAGCCUUGUGGAUCAUGAAAGGUUGCUAUGGUAUGCAAUAAUUUAGAAGGCACUAGCAUUUCUGUGCAAAAUUUUAGCUAAGUUUGAAAGUUUGACGUUUGUUACAAAUUUGUAUGCAUGAAGUCAUCUAGCAACUUUUUUUCUUCCUAUCACUAAAAUGAUAGAAAAAUCUUGCAUUUAAAUAUGAGACUUCAAAUUAGAGGUCUUACUGAUUCAUCAACCUCUUUUCAUUUUGUGCUGUUUUGUACCUCAACUAUUUUCCAUGAUUGACUGGGUCAUAUGAUCAAGUCAUGCAAAAGUCUCAACUCUGUACAUUUGAUGUUAAUAGUGAUAUCAGUUACUAAAGGGCAUGAGUGAUGCCACUUGUGCCUUUAAGACAAAGUUAUAGUAGUGAUAUUGGUUUGUAAAGGGUGUGAAUGACACCACCUCUGCCUUAGACAGAAAGUUACAGCAGUAGUGAAAUGAAGCAUGUCUCCAACUUCACAAAAGGCUACAAUCAGCAGUGAAGUUGUUCAUGCAUGGACAUUUUCACCCCCACUUUAUGUUAUUUGUAUUCCUUUUGACCUUAGUACCAUAAUCUAUUUGCCCCCCUCCCCCUCCCCCUCCCCAUCUUACUGCCUGUGACCUUCUGCUAAAAAAAGCAACGCUGAAUAGGAGGUGACUAUUUUAACAAUGACUUGGUACAAAUAUCUGUAUUCUGUGAUGAUGCCUGUAGUGUAUUAUUCAGGCACAAAGCAUCCACUAAUUUUGUUUUGGAUUGUGGCCUCAAACAUAAUCCAUGUGGCUCUUCAAGAGCAGACAUUUUAGGAACUGUUGGUGGUCCUGUUUUAAUAAUGAACUGCACAGUGUGAUUUAUAAGUUAAGCACUUGUUAAUAUUAAGUGGGAAGGCACCUUUUAUUUAUUUUGAAUAGCUAGAGCCCGUACAUAGUAAUAUUUAUUUUUUACUAUUUUGAGUGUUUUUCACUUUAGUGUGGUAAAACAGAAAAAAACAUAUUUAAUUGCAAUGGCCAGUUAGAAGGAAAACAAAUGUCUCCAGGAACUGAUGGAAAAAUCUGAUUAAGAGAAUGUUAAUGCCUUCUAUUCAUAAAAAUGCAAGUGAGAAAGAGGCAGUUGGUUUUAGUUCUGCUUCUGAAUGGUUGAGAGGAUUGUGCUAGUUUUGUCAGAUCACAAAUGACUUAGUCAUUUUUACGGUUUCUUUUUACCCUAAAUUGAAAAUUCCUCAAGUUAUUUAUUGUCAAAUUUCUUCUCCUUAGUUAGACACAGUUACUUGAUGUUCAGUGCGUUGGACUUAAGAUCCGAAGGGGUCUGGGUAUGUGUCCUAGUUAUCAGAAGUAGCUGAAGUAGAUUUUCCCAUGGGGUAGGGGGUAGGGAAGUGGGCAGGGACUGUACAGAAGUUUUUAUUUGCAAAGAAUUGAAUCCUGAUAGAAGUAACAAACGAUUCUGUAAAUGCAACCCACUGAUUACCUCAAGAUCUAAUUGUAAGAUGUUAUUUCUGGGCAUCCUAGUAGAAUCCUGAUAGAGGUAAUAAACGAUUCUGUACAUGUAACCCGC